AUGGAUGCCACAGCCACCACCCACGGCCUGCCACCGGGCCCCGGCGGAGAGCCCAUCGCGGCCCAAAUCCUCGAGAUCAGCCUCAUCUCCGCUCAAGACCUAACGCCUCUCUCGAAAUCCAUGCGCACCUACGCGGUCGCGUGGAUCAACCCUAGCCAAAAAGUGACCACCCAAACGGACCAUCACCACACGAACCCCACGUGGAAUGACAAAUUCACUUUCCACGUGGACAUCCAGGCCUUGUUCGCGAUUAACGCAAACUUACACGUGGAGAUCUACACAGUGUCGUGGUUCCGCCACGUCCUUGUGGGGACGGUCAACGUCCUAGUCAGUGAUCUCCUGGCCCCGGCCAUCCGGGGCUCACCCCAACAAAACACGAGAUUUGUCGCCCUACAAAUCCGACGCCCCUCGGGCACCCCUCAAGGCAUCCUCAACAUGGGGAUAACCUUCACCGACAACAGCCUCCGUGCCAUGCUCCGGCAGCACCACCACGAGAACUUCUCCGAGGUCUACGGGAAAGCGAAUAACCCGCCUCGGGAAGCGGGAGGAGACCACGGAGGCGGAUUUCGCAAGAAAAUCCAAUUGUGGCGGCGCUCAGCCAGCGAAUCCGAGAUCAACCAUGACGACUUCCCUCUGAAGUCGGGAUCCGUUUGCAACGGAUCCAUGAUCAACGGAUCCGUUUGUAACGGAUCCAUAUGCAACGGAUCCAUGAUAUAUGGGUCGGAGCUUUGCUCCGACAUUGGGCCUUCGGCAUCCAUCGUGGCGGCUGACAUGGCAAUGAAGAUGCAGCCGCCUCCAAUGGCAAGGCCCCAUGUCAUCAAACACGUGGAGCAUGCUGAUGAUUCGAGCUCAAUUGUGGAGGAGAUGACAAUGGAAGACGCCAUGGCCAAGGGAUACAUACCCCGAGUCGCCGGAGACAGGUGGCGGAGGGUGGUUUACGACGGCGAUCAAUCGGAAAUGUCAGCCAUGGGCAGCCGCCAUGCGCGAGGGAACUCCGAUGGCGGCCUGUUUUCGUGUAUCGUUUACGGGAUUGAGAUCAAGAUAGCAUGCGGCGGAGGCGGAAACAAUCCCGGCGGUGGUAAGCACGGAAAUGCCGCCGGCGCGGAUAGAAGGAGAGAAUUACAUUAG